UCUACAGUCCAUCAGAAUUUUCACACGCGCAAAACACAAGCGAAAAACGUGCACGAGCUGAGAAAAAUUCUAAAAUAUUAUUGAAAAUUGUAUAAAAUGUGCAAAACGUGAGUGAAAACUUUGUGAAAAAUUUGCUCGCGAAAAUGUUGCUUCAUGGCCGUUAAGGCUAGGCAGCAAGGCAGGCCAAACAGGCGGAGCAAACCCGAUGGCAUGUGCAAGUGUGUGUGUGUUUGUGAUAGAGUGCAGCAAAUUGGGCUACAAUUAAAUUAAGCUCGUUCGUAUAUAUGUCGCGGCCCAGAUCAGAGCAGCCAGUACAUCAAUAUGGCGAGACCAUUUUGGGCCUGGCGGCGCCUCUGCCUGAGCCUUCUGUUUGUGUUCAUCCACAGUGCGCCCACAGCGAAUGGCGAUAAAAUCAACUACAAUCUUGUGCACUCCUGGGCGGACAAGCUGGGCUUGGAGCUGUUUUCUCUGGGCGAUUUUAUCACCAGGCGCAAGGAGGUGCAAGAGAGUUUUAAGGAAGCCAAAGUGGUGACGCGUCAAGGUGGCGUAAUUGUCGAGUCCAUGGCGAAAGAAAUCGAAAUGAUGAUGGAUCUGAAAGUCAGCGCCGUGCGUCGCAUUAUGGAUACCGCUGAGAAUACAGCGCUGUCACAUCAAAAUGAUAUGGCAGACAAAAUGUUCUCGUACUACAAUGCCAAAUCGAUGGCGGAGCCGGGCGAACCGACACCACCACCACCCACGACACCGCCGGAUAUGGACGAUCAGAUUGGCGAGCCGCUGAUCUAUGUGCCACCCAAAGUGUUAGUGCUGGAGCCAAGGCCGGAAUUCCACAAUACUCCGGUCAAUUUCAGCGUCAGUUCGGUGCAUGUGCCGGUGAAUGUGUUCGAUCGAGCAUCGGAUGUUAUAAAAGCGAUUCAAUGGUCGGAGAAUUUGGAUCAGAUAUUUCGUGAUAAUUAUAAAAACGAUCCAAGUUUGUCGUGGCAAUUUUUUGGCAGUUCGACAGGCUUUAUGCGUCAAUUCCCUGCAUCGAAAUGGAAGAAGGACGUACCGGUUGAUCUAUACGAUUGCCGUUUACGCUCUUGGUACAUGGAGGCGGCGACAAGUCCAAAGGAUAUUAUUAUCCUAAUGGAUGGAUCUGGUUCAAUGUUGGGACAGAGGCUAGAUAUCGCAAAGCAUGUUGUCAAUACUAUACUCGAUACAUUAGGUACAAAUGACUUUGUGAACAUCUUCACCUUUGAUAAGGAAGUGAGCCCAGUUGUCGGAUGUUUCGAGGAUACACUGAUUCAAGCAAAUCUGGGCAACAUACGUGAACUAAAAGAAGGGAUUGAAUCGUUUAAACCCAAAUCGAUUGCCAAUUAUACCGCUGCAUUGACAAGGGCCUUCGAGAUAUUGGAAGAGACGAAGAUUAAUUCGCGCGGCGCGCAAUGCAAUCAGGCGAUUAUGAUCAUUGGGGAUGGGGCACCCGAAAAUAAUCAAGAGGUCUUCCAAUUGCACAAUUGGCGCGACCCGCCCUAUAGGCCGGUGCGUGUGUUCACCUAUCUGAUUGGCAAAGAGGUGGCGAAUUGGGAUGAUAUACGGUGGAUGGCAUGCGAGAAUCAGGGCUAUUAUGUGCAUCUCAGCGAUACAGCUGAGGUGCGUGAAAUGGUAUUAAAUUAUAUACCAGUUAUGGCUAGACCUCUGGUAUUGGGUAGGCAUGAUCAUCCGGUCAUAUGGACGCAGGUCUAUGCGGACCUCGAGGAUACCAAACUUUCCGACUAUCUGUGGGAUAUUAAGCAGUGCGAGGAGCAGAAGGCUGAUGUUCUGGAAUACUGGAAGGUACACGAUCGCAUGUUGGAGCCCGCCGAAAUGCACAGGCGUGAAUAUCGACGCAUGAAGGAGACCUGGAACCAACCAGUAGACUCCAAUGUCUACCAAUUUAUGACCACCGUGUCCAUGCCCAUUUAUGAUCGUCGUGAAAAUGCGAAUAUCACCGAAGAAGUUUUAAUAAAUGAAGCACUCUGGGAAUUGCAAACACGUGAGACAAGAAUCGCAAAUAUAUUGGGCGUGGCUGGCACCGAUGUGCCCAUCAGUGAAAUAAAAAAGCUGCUAUCGCCGUUUAUGCUUGGCGUGAAUGGUUAUGCGUUUAUAGUAACCAAUAAUGGUUAUGUACUAUUCCAUCCAGAUUUUCGUCCAAUUUUCCAAGGUUAUAUAUUAAAGCCAGCUUACAAUAGCGUUGACAUGAUUGAAGUUGAGCUAUUGGAUGACGAUCGAGCCGCCAGAGACUUUAAUCCAGUGCUGAUGACGAUACGCGAUUCUAUAAUCAAUCAAUCGACUGGCAGCAAAUGGAUGUUGGUCAAAAAUCAUUUCGACGAAAUGAAACGUGUGGCUCGCGUCAAGCGCCAGUAUUACUGGACUGCUAUAAAGAAUACGCCCUUUACGCUCGUUAUCACCUAUCCGGAGCGUUAUGGUGUGAGUCGCGUGGAACCACGCACCGAACAAGACAUACAUCGCACCUAUAUAACGGGCAAGAAUAUACGCAGCUUCUUUGAUGGCAAACGCUGGAAAAUUCAUCCCGAUUGGCUGUUUUGCAAGCAAACCAACAAGACAUUCAGAACGCCCGAAACAGAGCUUUUGUAUUUUGUUGAUCGAAUGUCUGAGCCCGGUUGGCAUUGGCCAUCAAGUCGAAGCGCGUUGCCCCCGGAGCAUGCGGCAGCCAUUUUUUCUAACAACUCAUCAACUGGCCGCUAUCCAUCAAUCAAUGAAAAAGAAAGCUACUAUUGCGAUCGCCAGCUCAUGCAAUCCCUUGUCUUUGAUGCGCGCGUCACGAAAUGGUUCUCGAACAAUACGAGCUUCAAUGCUCGCGAUAAGGAGGAGAAGAGACACGAAUUCAAGCAACGUUUUGGCAUCACCAUCGCCUUUUUGGCCACGCACAGUGGUCUAACCCGCUGGCACGAGUUCCACUCGAACAUGGCUGAGCAGCCGAGCGUGGGCGAGAGCUUUAGUCAGAACAAUAAACGCGCUAUCGAUGAGAUCUGGUAUAAGCGCGCUGUGGACCAAUAUUUUGUGCAUAAGGAAAGUUUUGUCUACUCGGUGCCAUACGAUGCCGGAGAAACUGGCUCGGAAAUUAUUGUAACUGCCAGCAAUGCCAUUUUUCACAAUGAGAGCUCCAAGUCAGCGCCCGCAGCAGUGGUUGGAUUUCAAUUUCAACACUCUGCUUUCUACAAGCUGUUUCACAAUAUCACCGGCAAUGCAUGUGCUGUCGAUGAUAAGGACUGCUAUAUACUCGAUAACAAUGGCUUCGUGAUCAUCUCGUCGCGCGUUCACGAAACUGGUCGAUUUUUUGGUGAAGUCAAUGGCGCCAUCAUGAUGCGCCUUGUCGAGGAAAGAGUAUACAAGCGUGUCAUUGUCUAUGACUAUCAAGCCGUGUGCUUCGAGUCCAAAACAGAGGUCAACGCAUCCAAUACUCUGUUAUCUCCGCUGUUUCAUCUGCUGCGCGUAAGCAAAUGGCUGCUGCAUACGGCGCUGUGGUAUAUUGUGCAACUGAUGCGAUUGGCGCCGGGCAUAUCGGCCCAUUACAAUGACGUCUAUAUGGAUGCGAAUGGCACAGAACAGGAGCCCGAGGAUAACAGCCACACGAAGAAUGCCGCCUGGCUGCGCCAUCUGACGCUGCGACGCACGCGUCUCAAAUCAUGUGACAUGCAGCGCGAGCUCUACAUGCUCUACAAUGAGAAGGACAACGUUGUCUACAAUAUGACAGCGCAUGCAUGCGAGCGGCCAUUUGUGGUGCUGCCCAUACCCAACAGCAAUCUCAUACUGCUGGUCAUCGAUCAGCUGUGUCCGCGUGACGUCGCCCUCGUGCUGACUGUCAAUCCGGCGCCCAUCAACUAUCCACUGGCGCCCAAUGAGACCUUCUCUUGUUACAAGCAUGCUAGAGAAUUCAAUCGAGUGCGCCCGCAGAGCUGCAUCAGUCGUCAUGCAAAUGAGAGCGCAAUCAAGUUGUGUGGCAAAGGUUGCGCCGUCUAUGCGAAUCUCACGCUCCUGCUGCUCAGCCACGCGUUGAGCCGCUUGCUUUAACAUUGAUCGCAAUGGGUUUAGCUAAUUGUAGGCAAUAUAUAUUGAUAAUGUUUUUGUAUUAUAUAUAUACAUAUAUAUAUGAUGAUUAUUGGGAAUAUUAGGGGGAAGUUCGAUUUUUUACUAUAUACUCAUAAACGCUUAAAUGCUGUUCAUUUUUUCCACCAUUUAUUUCUGUUGUAUGUCAGCCUAGUUUUAAGGCUAACUUAGCUACCACAUUUGUUUUCAAGCCGUGUCUUGAGUUUUAUGUUAACUAUGAACAUGUGACAGUGUGUGCUGCCUAUAAUGGACGGGUCGCUGCGCUUUAUUGUAGACCUUCCAAUAGACAAGAAAAAAUAAUUAAAUAGAAAAUAAACUACAAAUUCCAACAACGGCCUUAAACUCGCAAAAAUUAAAACAAAAUAAUACAAAUAUAUUGAGUAAAAUAAUAUUUUGUAAAUGACGCUCGCUGUUACAAAAAUAGGCAAAGAAAAUGCGCACACUGUUCCAUAUAAACUACUGCCCAUGUUAAGUGUGUGAGUGUGUAAAUGUGUGCAUGUGUGUGAAUGUGUGAGCGUGCGUAAGUUGAUACCUAAUUUAAGAUGGCCACAUUUGUAAGUAACCUUAGCUAAUUAUUAUGUUGAAGAAUGGAACAAGAAUACCUAUGAAUAAUGCAAGACAAAAUAAAAAUUAAAAUAACUAACCAAUUAGAAACAAAAAAAAAUAUAUAUAUAAAUAUAUAUACAUACGCCAGGUACAUGCUAUACGUUUAAGUAGCUUUUGUAUAUUUGCUUAGCUUAGCCCAGAACAACUACAACUAAAAAAAAACAUAUACCAAAAGCCGUUGAAGAGUUCGGCUUUACGAAGCAUUAAAUACUUUUAUAAACAUUCGUUAUAAAUCUAGCGUAAAAGCCACAAAGAUUGCGAGCAAAAAGGAAACCAACAACUUGUGUUUUUUAUAUAAAGCAUACAUAUAUACAAGAGUAAUAAUAAUUUUAUUAACUAUGAUAAUACUGAUUGAUACCUAGCCUAACCCACAAGUACCUAUUAUAACAACUUUUUAUUACAUACUACUAACUACUUGAUACGAGCUACGAGCCACAGAACUGAGCAGAAGCAGCAGCGCUUAGUAAAUUUAGAUUUAAAUGAAAAAAUUAAACAGCAAAGAAAAAACC